CCAGAACUGGACAGAAAGGGGGAGCCGGCGUCAGGCUCACGGACCCACUCGGCCGGGCCCGAGGGGCGGAGCCACUUCAGCCCCGCCCCGGCCCCAUUGGCUGCGGCACCAGGGGCGGGGCGCGGCUGCCAGAUGUUGGGGCGGCGGCGGCGCGAGCUGUGGAGAGCGAGGAGCGGCGGAGCCAGGCGGAGGGCCGGGGCGCCGCUGGCCGGCCCGCUGGGCCCUCUCCGCGCCGCUCCCGCUGGAGUUCGUGGAGGAACUGGCAGGCCUGGCGGGGGCUCCGGCACGGGCAUGCACAGCGCUCGGCUUGACAGCUUCCUGGGCCAGCUCCGCUGGGAACUGCUGUGUGGCCGGGACACAGGCUCACCCCCCAUGUCUGGCCCCCUUCCACCACCCCCCAAACCCGGCCCACGUGUUCCGCUCAGCCACCGACUCAGGGCCUCAGAUGCCUUGGAAGAGGACUCAGUCGGCUGUGUGGAAGAGGAGGAAGAAGGUGUGGCAAUAGGAGACAAGGGUGUUGUCUUGGGGAGCCCCAGGGAGCAUGGCCUGGACUGGGACUCUGGCUUCUCUGAAGUGUCAGGCAGCACAUGGAGAGAGGAAGAGCUGCCUGUACUCCAGCACCCAGCACCCCCAGCGUGGCCCCCACACAGACAGCGCCUCUCGGCCAGUGGCAUUCCCCUGCCCAGCCGAGCUCCUGGGGCCAGUGCACCAUCUGCCCACCGACCACGGCCCAAGUCUACCCCAGAUGCCUGCCUGGAUCAUUGGCGGGGGCUGGAAGCUGAGGACUGGACAGCAGCCCUGCUGAACAGAGGUCGCAGUCGCCAGCCCCUAGUGCUGGGGGACAACUGCUUUGCUGACUUGGUGCACAACUGGAUGGAGCUGCCAGAGGCAGUGGGUGAGGGGGACGAUGGAGGAGGACCCCGUGCCCGUGCUCGGCCCCCUCAGUUCUUGCUUGGGCUCUCUGAGCAGCUGCGGCGCCAGCUGGCCAGGGCACGCAGGGCGGCUAUGGCGGGAAAGAGACUAUCGUGCCCACCUCGCCCGGAACCCGAGCUGCCUGCAGAUGUCUCACGCUUUGCAGCUCUCAUGCGCUGCCGCAGCCGCCAACCCAUCAUCUGCAGUGAUGUCAGCUACCUCUGACCUUGCCCUCCAGCCUGGGACAAUAAAAGGCCUUUCUCUGGA